AUGCGUGAGCUCGUGCACGUUCAGGGUGGCCAAUGCGGAAACCAAAUCGGUGCCAAGUUCUGGGAGGUGAUCGCCGAUGAGCACGGCAUCGAUCCCACGGGAACCUACCACGGGGAUUCCGACCUCCAGUUGGAACGCAUCAAUGUGUACUUCAACGAGGCCACCGGUGGACGAUACGUUCCGCGAGCGAUCCUGAUGGAUUUGGAGCCUGGAACCAUGGACUCCGUCCGAGCCGGGCCUUUUGGUCAGCUCUUCCGUCCCGACAACUUCGUCUUCGGACAGACAGGAGCUGGAAAUAACUGGGCCAAGGGUCACUACACCGAGGGCGCAGAACUCAUUGAUUCGGUGCUCGAUGUGGUGCGAAAGGAGGCUGAAGGCUGCGACUGCCUUCAGGGUUUCCAGCUCUGUCACUCGCUCGGUGGCGGCACCGGAGCCGGCAUGGGAACAUUGCUCAUCUCCAAGGUGCGAGAGGAGUACCCGGACCGCAUCAUGGAGACUUUCUCGGUGAUCCCUUCGCCCAAGGUCUCCGACACAGUGGUUGAGCCGUACAAUGCCGUCCUGAGCUUUCACCAGCUCGUGGAGAACUCCGAUGAGUCUUUCCUGCUGGACAACGAGGCACUCUACGACAUUUGCUUCCGAACGCUGAAGCUGACGACGCCAACGUACGGUGACUUGAACCACUUGGUCUCUGCAGCGAUGAGCGGCGUGACUUGCUGCUUGCGCUUCCCGGGACAGUUGAACUGUGACCUCCGCAAGAUCGCCGUGAACCUCGUGCCGUUCCCACGCUUGCACUUCUUCAUGACCGGCUUCGCACCCUUGACCUCUCGCGGCUCGCAGCAGUACCGGGCCCUGACCGUGCCCGAGCUGACGCAACAGAUGUUCGAUGCGAAGAACAUGAUGUGCGCCGCCGAUCCCCGACAUGGACGCUACCUGACAGCUGCCGCACUUUUCCGUGGCCGCAUGUCGACGAAGGAGGUCGAUGAGCAGAUGCUUAACGUUCAAAACAAGAACUCUUCCUACUUCGUUGAAUGGAUCCCCAACAACAUCAAGGCCUCGGUCUGUGACAUCCCGCCCAAGGGACUGAAGAUGGCGGUGUCGUUCGCCGGCAACUCCACUGCGAUCCAGGAGAUGUUCAAGCGCGUGGCAGAGUACUUCACUGCCAUGUUCCGACGCAAGGCCUUCUUGCACUGGUACACCGGCGAAGGCAUGGACGAGAUGGAGUUCACUGAGGCGGAGUCGAACAUGAACGACUUGGUGUCGGAGUAUCAGCAGUACCAGGAUGCCACUGCUGAGGAGGAAGGCGAGUUUGACGAGGAGGAGGGCGAGUAUGACGGAUAA